CUUGAAUAGAUCCCUCCUCCGUUCUUUUGUUCCUUUUCCUUCCUCUUACCUAUUUUCUCUCGCUAACCCUGUUUCAAUCUCUUCCUCUCGUCUCCUGUCUCUUUAUGUCUUUCUCUUCCUCACUUCUUCAUCCACUCUACUCUGCUGUACCUUCAUUCAUAUAUGCAAACAGACACACAGAGUGACAACUGAAGGUCCCCAGACACUAGUCUUGCAUGCGUCACAGGAGCACAAGCCGAGCCUCUUUUGUAUGCAGUUUAGCCAGCUCAGCUGUACAGCCUGCAGACGGUGGAGGAUGAGAGGAGAGGCGGGGGCUUCAAAAUCAUCAGGUCCAACCAGGCAGCUAUGAUGGUUGGAAAGCCAGUCAGGCAGUGGAGGUCCAUCUGUAAGGGACUGAUCCUGGGUGCGCUGCUGACCACCUGCAUGAUUCUUUUGUACUGCCUGUCGGCCCCAGAGGUCCAAUAUGGCCUGCAAGAGGUCCCAGUGCCUUACUCAUGUGCUCAUCGCCCUUCUGCCGCCCACUCCUCAACAAUCUCAAACGACUCCCAUCAUGCCUCUGGGCAGGGAAUCUGCACUCCAAAAGUGGACAUCAUGUUCAUGAAAACCCAUAAAACAGCUAGUAGCACUUUACUCAACAUUCUCUUUCGCUUUGGCGAAAAACACCACCUUAAAUUUGCCUUCCCCAACAGCCGCAAUGACUUCUUUUACCCCUCCUCUUUCCAUCGCUCACAAGUGAAGGACUACAGGCCUGGAAUGUGUUUUAACAUCAUCUGUAAUCACAUGCGUUUCAACGCUGCUGAGGUGGCCAAAGUGCUUCCAGCCGACACCUCGUACAUCACAAUCCUCCGGGACCCGGCUGAUCUCGCUGAGUCCUCGUUCCACUAUUUUGGGCGUGUUGUACCUCUCACAUGGAAGCUUUCUGGGGACGAUAAGCUGAGAGAAUUCCUGACAGAUCCAAAGCUUUACUAUGACCCAGAAGGAUUCAAUUCAUUCUAUCUCAAAAACUUGCUUUUCUUUGACUUUGGACAGGAUAAUAACUUACAUCCAGACGACCCAAAGGUGGAUGAGGCCAUUCGCGCAAUCGCCAAGCGCUUCCAGUUGGUAAUGCUUGUGGAGUAUUUUGAAGAGUCGCUCAUCCUGCUCAAGGACAGCCUCUGCUGGGACAUGGAGGACUUGCUUUUCUUCAAACUCAAUGCCCGGAAAGGUUCAACCAUUUCAAAACUGACUCCAGAGCUCAGGGCCAAGGCGCUGGACUGGAACGCCAUCGAUUGGAAGCUUUACCAGUAUUUCAACGCCACCUUCUGGCGUAAAGUGGACGCUUACGGCCGUGAGCGCAUGGCGAGUGAUGUCACAGAGCUGCAGCGCAGAAAUGCAGAAAUGGCUUCCAUUUGCAUUGAAGGAGGCCACGCCGUUGAUGCAGGAAGCAUCAUGGAGACUUCCAUGCAGCCGUGGCAACCCUUCGGUGAGAAGUCGAUUAUGGGAUACAAUCUGAAAAAGAAUGUCGACAAAGCACACCGAAAGCUUUGCAGGAAGAUGCUCACACCAGAGCUGCAGUAUCUCACCGAGAUGGGCGUCAACCUGUGGAUAACGAGACUGUGGGGUCACAUAAGACAGAUCCUACACUGGUAGCUCAGAGGAAAUGUUUUGCUUGGGUGAAAGGUCAGCACUGACUUGUAUGCAAAAGACCUAAAACCUGUUUUUCUGUGUCAGAAAGAAAUAAAAACAUUAAAAGGCAUGACUGAAUAAAACAUUUUCAUAUUUAUAUGAAUCUUACCCAAAUAAGUGGUGACAGUCACAUAUUUAACAUGUUAGUUUUGUGUUCAUAAAUGUACUGUAAAGGCCCGUUGAUGGCAAGAAUGAUAACUAUAAAGAUAACUAUAAUGAUAUCUAUAUUAGCAUCCACACCAAUGCACAAUUACGCUGUUUAUUAUAGGCACGUCUUGCAGUUAUGUCGUCUGCUGCUUUAAAGGGUUAGUUCAGCCAAAAAUGAAAAUUCUGUUAUUAAUUACUCAACCUCAUGUCUUUCCAAACCCGUAAGACUUUCGUUCAUCUUCGGAACACAAAUGAAGAUCUUUUCAAUGAAAUCUGAGAGCUUUCUGUCCCUCCAUUGACAGCCGACGCAACUACCACUUUUAAGCCCCAGAAAGGUAGUAAAGACAUCAUAAAAGUACUCCAUGUGACUCCAGUGGUUCAACCUUAAUUUUAUGAAGUGUCGAGAGUGCUUUGUUUGAGCAAAUAAACAUAAUUCAACAUUUUAUUUACAAAAUAUUAAUAUCCAUUGAGCGUUCACAGGACCACGAUGCAUGCGUGGUGUUGACGUUGUGUGAAUGCGUGUUGGAGAUUAAUAAUUUAUUAUGUCUUUACUACCUUUCUGGGGCUUGAAAGUGGCUGACAAUGGUGGGACAAAGCUCUCAGAUUUCAUUAAAAAGAUCUUAAUUUUUGUUCCGAAGAACAAAUGUCUUACGGGUUUGGAGUGACAUGGAGUGUAAUUAACAAAAUUUUCAUUUUAGGGUGAACUAUCCCUUUAAAAUUUGCAUGAAACUGAAUUUUUCUUCCCUAUUGUGAAUUAUAUCCAAGUGAAACGGCUUCUUGAGCAAGAAAAAAUGUUGGGCAGAGCUUGAUUUUGUCCAUUGGGAAUUGAUUGGAUCUUUGGAUCGCUGUUGUUUACUAUUGCUGCGAUGUCAUGUGAGUGACAGGUUGUCCUGCCUUCGGCCUGAAAAAUACAUCGUCAGAGAAGAGAUGAAAUGUUGCUGCAAGAGGGAGGGGAAGUUAUUUUCAUUAGUUUACGAGAAUUUUAAAAUAAAUAAUGGUGUGCCUGGAUAAAUCAUUUAUAAUAAAUGUGGCAAUAUUCCAUAAAAAUCAAUAAACGUCCAUUUUGGUUUUAUGGUGAUUUAAAAUGCUUGAGCUCUUUAAAGCAGAAUGGAUUCUGAUUGGAAGUGAUUCCAAUGAAAUCGUUACUCUGUGCCGCUAUCUACAUAUGUGGUGUGGACACUGCUAUUCUUUUAAAUUUAGAAUGACUUUUAAAACUAUAUCUUUAUAGUUAUUGUCCUUGGUUUGAAUGGGCCUGAAGUCACCACUAUGUAUGACAGGAGUGUCCAAUCCUGCUCCUGGAGGGUCACUGGCCUGCAAAGUUCAGCUCCAACCCCAAUUAAACACCUGAACCAGCUAAUCAAGGUCUCACUAGGCAUACUAGAAACUUCCAGACAGGUGUGUUGUGGCAAGUUGGAGCUAAACUCUGCAGGACAGUGGCCAGGACCGUGUUUGGACACCCCUGAUGCAUUACAAUACGUAGUGUGUGGGUGCUUGAGUCAAUCAUAAAAGUGAAUCAACUACGCUUGUUAAAUGACCUCAUUCUUUGAAGCUCUUAUUGUUGGUGCCAAUGGCCAUAGCAAUAAUUUUCUUAUUUCUUAAACUUGUUUAGACUCAUUCAGAGCUUUAUCACUUGAAUGAUGAGUAACUCUGGCUAGAAUGUUGAGUGGAAAGGUGAUUUUAAGCUGAAAUGUGAUGACCUAUUGGGCUUCCUGUGGAAGAGGCCUCUGCAGCCCAAAAAGUGACAAAAUAAAAACUUUAUGUAACAUA